AUGUCUGGAAACAAUUUUUUCUUCCAACAGCGAUACUAUCUUCUCGACAAGGAAAUGGCAAAAGGACAGAAGCUUCGAAACAAACCGAGUCCCGGUGACCAGAACUCCAUUUCAUCAAAUAAAUCGAAAACGUCUGGCGGCGCGGGCGCCCCUCACAGAGACGGUAGUAUUGAGAAAACCGGUUUCGGCGAGAAUAUCGUCGCCAAGGAUCCUCCAGCGACUUCAAUUCCUGCACUGCGACAAAUUCAGAAUACCGGAGAGACUUACCGUCCACCGCUAGGCUCGAUUACGAACAAGGCGCAGGCAGCACCCCGAAAUGGCCAGAAUGUACACACUCGGACUGGCGAACCUCAACAGCCAAGAUAUAUCCAGCAGAGCGUAGGCACGUCGCUCGAAUCAAAGCUGUCUCACAUUGUCAAGGUGCUAGAUCGAGAGUCGGAGCGAAUGCUGACUUCGGGACGGAUCAAGAACCGUCAACGCGUCGUCUUCAAAAGAGUCUUUGAGGAAGUGAGCGAGGCGGCCGAGAUGAUGAACCAGUUGCAGACGCCCAUGACACCUGCACAGGACAAGCUGGUCAACAAGGUGCGGACUCUGAUGAGACAGGUUGGUGUACUGCUGCGCGAGUAUGGGGAUGUGGAUUUGAACAAAGAGAACGUGCCUCCCGUCCAAGAAGUUGCAAACUAA